AAAGUACAGAUACCCAAAAAUUCUACUUAAGUACAGUAACAAAGUAAACUAUUUGUACUUAGUUUACAACUCUGUUCAGGAAUAUGUUCAGACUCAGGUAAAACACGGUCGGCCUUCAGCAGAUCACGUUGAAAACAGCCAAAGAACAGAUGCUGAGCUGUGCGGUGCUUUGUUUACAUUUGUUGUUCYGCAUGUGGACAAGUCACUGCCCAAAUAAGGUCAGUCUACCCGGAAGUGGCGGUAACCAUGUCAACACGUGAAGCUGACUGCAAACAACAGAGGAGCAGUGUCUGUUUUUUUUAAAGUACAUCCUAAAUGACUCCGAAAGCGCUUAAAGUGGUGGUUGAAAUAAAGUUCAGAGCGGUUUCUUGUCCUGGAGUUCGUCUUCCAGCCAAACAUGACGUUUACCUGAGCGUGUGCUUUAUGGGCCAGCACCGCCAGUCUGAAUGUCUUCCUGCUGUCUUUCCUCUGCUGGUCUACGAGAAGAUGACCUUUGAAAAAAUAUUCAGGUAUGCUGUUGACCCUGGAGACAUCUCUGUAAUGCUUGAGUAUGAGACACUCAGAACAGAACUGGUUCAAAUGAGUCCUCCAGCUGGUGAAAUUCUUGCAUGYUUUGAAGAAGAUGCUCGAAGUUUCUUAUUCUCAGAGCCCAAAAUUGUUCCUCCUUUGUCUGGAGUGGAUCGAGAAGUUCUGAUGAUGAAGGCAUCUCAUUUUCCUGGUAUUUGUCCAAGGCUGGAGUUUUCCACCAAAACAACCAUCACUGAGUGUUCAGCUGAUGCACACAUCAACAUUUACCCCAAUACACCCAUGAGGCCAGGGAUCAGGAGAAACAGGAGGCGCUCCAGCAGACCACAGACCCACGGAGGGAGGAUGAACCGAGGGAAACCCAGAUCCAAGUCUCUGUCCCCUCUGAGACACGCAAACAUCCAGAAUCUGGCCCGGCUCAGCCUGGACUCUGCAGUUUCCAGUCCCACCUGGAGCCCCCACACCUCUGAGCCUGUUGGAGGACUGUCUGAAGAUGAUUCAAGCAUUUCAAAAGCGCAUAAUCCCUCUGACUAUCCCCAAGGUCUAGAUUCCUCAGAACUAAGGCAGUCCUACCAAGAACAUGCCAAGCUCACUAGGUCCAGGUCCCUUUCUCACACAGCAUGGGAAGAGGUCCAUGAACGUGUGCGGGGUCUUCUCACAACACCAAAAGCUGUACGACGGCUGAUCCAUGGGGCCACAAACUCUGAGGUAAAGGCUGUUUUAGCCAGGAGGUCCAUUUAUCCAGGUCCACUUUGAGGGUCUGACCACCAUCUCACUCCUGUGGAGGUCAAGUUAGGACAAGUCCUGGAAGUUAACAGGUCUUUGACGCCCUCUGACCCCUCCUYCAGAGAAGCACAGCAUCACCUCGUCAUAAAGAAGUCCUCACACUCUGCAGAUGUCCAUGUGAGCGCAGAUUGAAAAGAUUUUCAUUUUCCUGGUCUGAUAAAUGACCACACACACUGUAUUAAUGUCUGAAAAAACUAUUCAAAUAAACCUAUUUGGGCUGAAA